AGACCGGUUUAAACCAACAGGCUUAAUAAUAACAGCUCCAACGGUUUGGUUCUGUUUAUUUAUUUCUCGGAAAGGAGAAGAAAAUGACGAGAAGAGCUGAAUUUGAGAUGGGUUUGUUCGUGAUUCUUCAAUCCAUGUUUCUGAUGUCUCUAUGUUCAUCACAGGAGUUCUUACCUGAGAUAUCACCAGAUACUUCUCCUCAACCAUUUCUUCCCUUUAUUGCACCGUCUCCAAUGGUUCCAUACAUAAACAGUACCAUGCCGAAACUAUCGGGGCUUUGUUCGCUUAAUUUCAGUGCGUCUGAGAGUUUGAUUCAGACAACUUCACACAACUGUUGGACUGUGUUUGCUCCAUUGUUGGCAAAUGUGAUGUGUUGUCCUCAGCUAGAUGCUACACUCACGAUAAUCCUUGGGAAAGCGAGCAAAGAAACCGGUAUGCUUGCGCUAAAUAGAACCCAGUCUAAGCACUGUCUCUCGGAUUUAGAGCAAAUCUUGGUAGGCAAAGGCGCUUCAGGUCAGCUUAAUAAGAUCUGUUCUAUUCACUCGUCGAAUCUCACUUCUUCGUCGUGCCCUGUUAUCAAUGUCGAUGAGUUUGAAAGCACGGUGGAUACAGCAAAACUUCUUUUGGCCUGUGAAAAAAUCGAUCCUGUGAAGGAGUGUUGCGAAGAGGCUUGCCAAAAUGCGAUACUCGAUGCUGCUACGAAUAUAUCUCUUAAAGCAUCAGAAACUUUAACUGAUAAUUCGGAUAGGAUCAAUGAUUGCAAGAACGUAGUAAACCGCUGGCUCGCUACUAAACUUGACCUUUCUCGGGUUAAGGAAACUCUCAGAGGCUUAGCAAACUGCAAAAUCAAUAGAGUUUGUCCUCUUGUCUUUCCGCACAUGAGGCAUAUUGGUGGUAACUGCAGCAACGAGUUGAGUAACCUAACGGGUUGUUGCCGUGCAAUGGAAAGUUAUGUGUCUCACUUGCAAAAACAAACACUUAUAACCAAUUUGCAAGCUUUAGAUUGCGCAACCAGCCUUGGCACAAAGCUACAGAAACUUAACAUCACUAAGAACAUCUUCAGCGUUUGUCAUAUAAGUCUCAAGGACUUCUCUCUUCAAGUUGGAAACCAAGAAUCUGGCUGUCUAUUACCAAGCUUACCAUCUGAUGCGAUAUUUGAUAAAGACACGGGAAUAAGCUUUACUUGUGACCUCAACGACAACAUUCCCGCUCCGUGGCCUUCAUCUUCUCAAUCCUCAGCAUCUACCUGUAAAAAACCUGUUAGAAUUCCUGCUCUUCCGGCUGCUGCCUCCUCGCAACCCCGUCUCUACGGCGAUGGAGUGACACGUUUGGUGAUCUUUGUCUUGUCUAUGGUUCUUGUGAUGCUUCUAUCAUAGUACUAGAACUAAACCGGAUCCAGUCUUCUCUCAUACCGGUUUACUAGUCAAUAGGUGUGUUUGUGUAGAUCAAACCGGUAUAGUCGCUGCAGAAGUCGUAUGUUGACAUGACCGGUUCAAGUGUUUGAGUUGUUGAGGUAUAAGUUUCGGAAAGUCUUUUUAUCUUUUAUUGAUUCAUGAUUCUUGAAAACCUUUUUAAUGUAAAGAAAAGGUAUUGUAGGGUUUAUAUGUAAGCUUAUAAUAUAUUUAUUUAUAGACU